UAAUUUAAAACAAACAUUAUUAAGUCAAUAAAAAUAAAUAGAAAACUUAAAACAUAUUGAUAUUGUCUAAUCUUAGCAAAAGUUACAUUCGUAUAACAUUAAUAUAUAGUGCGAUUUAUUGAUAUUAUAAAUAUGUAUGUAUUAACAAUGUAGAGUGUAUUGUCACCAAACUACGUAACUGAUUUCAAACGAAUUAUUCUCAUAUAUACUGCCCUAGAUAAUAUACAUUUCUCACCGUGUAAAAUUCUUUAAUAAAACUGCAUUAAAAUACUUUUUUUAAUGUAAUCUGAUUAAUAUUCUAAAACUGAAAACACAUAUCACAAUCUUAUUCAUCCAAGAAAAAUACACUAGUUUCCAUGGUGACGAAAAUAUAAAAACAAAACAAAUUUUAACAAUGCAGGCGAUUAAGGACGGUGAAUACACAAAAACGAUUUAUACAAUGAUCAAAGACGAGCGCUAUUCUGAUGCUAUAAAAUUGCUGAAUUUGAUUCCCGAAGCAGGAACGACGAGAGCCGGAUUAUCUCUACUGGGUUAUUGCUGCUACAUGGAGCAGGAUUUUGUAGAGGCUGCAGAUUGUUAUGAACAUUUAUUAGAAAUUGCUCCAGAUAAACUUGAAUAUAAAUUCUAUUACGCGCAAUCAUUGUUUCAAGCUGGUUUGUAUGAGGAAGCUUAUAAAGUAUCGCAGCAAUUAGAAGGUGACGAGUUUGCUGACAGGGUUUGCCGACUGCAAGGAGCAGUGCGCUACGCCCAGGAAGAUUACACUGGAGCGCAGGCCGCGUUAGGAGACAGAAUACCUUCUGAUCCUGAUACUCUUAACGACGAGGGCUGUUUACUCUAUCAGGCUGAUCGGUACGAAGAUGCAUUGGGACGAUUUACAGAGGCGCUACAGACAGGCGGGUAUAAGGCUACAGUGGCGUACAAUGCAGCUCUGUGCAACUAUAAGUUGCGAGAUAACACUUCUGCUAUUAACUACAUUAGUGAAAUAGUUGAAAGAGGCAUACGUGCUCAUCCUGAGUUAGCAAUAGGAGCUCAAGCAGAUCCUGAAGGUGCUCCAAGGUGCAUUGGUAAUCCUCCAAGUUUGCAAAGUUCAGGACUUGCCCAGGCUCUAAAUCUUAGAGCAGCCAUAGAAUACCGAGAAGGAAAUAUGGAAGGCGCAAUUGAAGCAAUGAUGGAUCUGCCACCGAGAUCCGAACCGGAAUUAGACCCAGUAACAUUGCAUAACUUGGCGAUUACCAAAGGAGGACCAGAAGGAUUGCGCAGAUUAAGCUAUUUACUUGCUUUAGGCGCACCAACCUGUCCACAGCAGACGCUAGCUAAUCUAUUGAUUAUUUGCUGCAAGCAUGAAUUAUUUGAUGCAGCAGCAGAUGCGCUGGCCGAUCAUGCUGAUCUUACUUAUCGCUGCUUAACACCGUUUCUGUAUGAGUUGAUUGAUGCAUUGAUAUGCAGCCAAACUGCCCCAGCAGAAGCAGCCAUGAAAUUGGAAGCAUUAGCUAGCAGCUUAACAACUAGAUUAAGAUCCCUGACCGCGAAAGUAGAAGAUGCGAGACACAAGGGGGAUCAAGCUAGUCUUCGAUCAACAGUUCGCGAUUACGAAGAAACUUUGAGCAAAUAUUUACCAGUGGCUGCCGCGCAAGCAUGGUUGCCUUGGCGAAGAAGAGAUUGGGCUGCGGCAGAGCAAGAGUUUAGAGCAUCUGCAGAAUUUUGUGCCGAAGCUCCAGAAUGGAAAUUGUUAGCCGCUCACGUUUUGUUCAUGGCUGGAGAUAGAUAUAAGGAGGCAGCUGCAUUAUACGAACCAUUAGUAAGAUCUCGCCUGGACGGUGACGUACUAGCCGUAUCAGCCGGAGUGUUAGCUAAUCUUUGUGUCGCCUAUAUAAUGACAUCUCAAAACGAAGCUGCUGAGGAACUAAUGAGAAGAAUCGAACGUGAAGAAGAAAGGAAAGGUUCAGAUGCCGAUGGCAAACCCCAGUUGCAUUUAUGUAUCGUCAAUUUAGUUAUCGGUACGUUGUACUGCUCAAAAGGCAAUUAUGAAUUUGGUUUAUCGAGAGUUUCUCGUGCUCUCGAAGCAGCCUCUGGAGAACGGUUGUGUGCAGACACUUGGCUACACGCAAAAAGGUGCGUGCUCGCAUUAUGCGCGGGACUUGCGAAACAAUCAUUGGUUAUACCCAGUGCGGCGCUUAAAGAAACACUAUUGUUUCUCGAAAACUGUGAAGCAUAUGGUAAAAGAAUCAGUAGCGUUUUAACAGGACCAUCUUCACAAGAUUGGGGAAAUGAAGAAGAAUUAAGUCCUGCCGAGGUUGCAAGAAAAACAGUGGCGUAUGAAGCAAGAAUAUUGCGUUGCCUAUUAAUCAAGUUAUUGAAUAAUUAA